AUGAUUUCAGAAACUAAAGGUUCAAUUGCUACACCUUUAUCAAAAUAUAAAUUGGUGUUUUUAGGAGAUUAAGCGGUUGGAAAAACAUCAAUUAUAAAUCGUUUUAUGUUUGAUACAUUUGAUGGAAAAGAUCAUCCAACUGUUGGUAUAGAUUUUAUAUCUAAAACACUCUAUUAUGAAGAUAGAACUAUAAGAUUAUAAUUAUGGGAUACUGCAGGAUAAGAAAGAUUUAGAAGUUUAAUACCUUCUUAUAUAAGAGAUAGUGCAGUAGCAGUUAUAUGUUAUGAUAUAACAAAUAAAUCAUCAUUUGAAAAUAUAACAAAAUGGGUUGAAGAUGUACGUGCUGAAAGAGGUCAAGAAGUAAUAAUUUGUUUAGUUGGUAAUAAAACUGAUAUGCAAGAUAAAAGAGCUAUUCAAUAACAAGAAGCAUAAUAAAAAGCAAAAGAAUUAGAUGUGAAAUUCUUUGAAGUAAGUGCUUUAUCAGGAGAUAAUAUUUAAUAACUUUUUAAAGCUAUUGGAGGCAUGUUACCAGGAGCAGAAAUUUCACAAAUUGGAUAAAAUUAACCAGCUAGUUAAUCUGGUUAAAAUACAAAUUAAAUUGAAAAUAAAGGAGGAAAUAUUUAAUUAGAUCUUAAAACAGCUAUAGAUAAUGAAGACAAUGGGCCUAAGAAAAAAUGUUGUUGA